UUCAGAAGUAUGAGCCAAAAAGAAAUUGUCAAUUUUUAUCGAAUGGAUUGAUGGGUUUUAAUGGAUUUUAUUGUCCCUAGUUUCUCCUGCGCAGAUUCCGAUAUUAGCUUCACCGUACACUCAUACUUUUUCAUCUUCACUCACUCACACACACCUUUCUCUCCUCUUCUCACUUUAAAUACUCCCAACAAACUUCCAUCAAAUUAAUCACCACCGUCUCUUCCCUCAGCUCUCACCAUGUCCACCGCUACCGAAGAUUUCCAAGGUGUUUCAAAUUGUUAUGUGUUCAAGAGCCGGUUGCAGGAGUAUGCUCAGAAAGCGGGACUCCCCACACCCGUGUAUGAAACUAUCAAGGACGGGCCUUCCCAUGAACCUUGUUUCAGGUCAACGGUGAUUGUGAAUGAUGUUCGGUAUGAUUCUUUGCCUGGAUUUUUUAACCGUAAAGCAGCAGAGCAGUCAGCUGCAGAGGUUGCUUUGAUGGAGUUAGCCAAAUCUGGUGAAGUUAAUCAGUCCAUCACUCAACCUGUUCAUGAAACUGGAUUAUGCAAGAAUCUACUUCAGGAGUAUGCUCAGAAGAUGAACUAUGCAAUGCCAACGUAUCAAUGCAAAAAAGAUGAUACACCACCAGGUAGAGUACCGUUAUUUUCAUGUACGGUCGACAUUGGAGGGAUUCUCUAUAUUGGGGGAACAACAAAAACAAAGAAGGAAGCCGAGAUAAAAGCUGCAAGAACUGCUUUAUUAGCUAUCCAGACAAAUGCAUCUCAGGCUUCUGAAAACCAGUUUGGCCAUUUGACUGUCAUUCCAUCCAGAAAAAGGGCAGCAGAUUCUGUCGCUGAUGAGGCUUCGAAAGCUCCAAAGCCUAAGAAAGCACGGUUUAAAAGGAAAUUUCCCAAGAGGAAACAGUCUAGAGACAAGAAGCCUCAUGUUCAGACUGUCAAUGCUGGCGAUGGAGCAAAUGUCAAUCACGGGAUAGAAUCACUUGCAAAUGCUGGCGAUGGAGCAAAUGUCAAUCACGGGAUAGAAUCACUUACAAAUGCUGGCGAUGGAGCAAAUGUCAAUCACGGGAUAGAAUCACUUACAAAUGCUAAUGAUGAAUCUGGCAUUCAGGAAAUCAAAUCUGAAGCAAUGUUCCCUUCAGAAGCGGUGAAGAAUUCUGAGAAUGGAGUCCCUUCAGAAGCGGUGAAGAAUUCUGAGAAUGGAGUCCCUUCAGAAGCCGUGAAGAAUUCUGAGAAUGGAGUAUCGACUAACCAUCAUGAGAAAGAGACGACUAUCCAUCAUGAGAAAGAGACGACUAUCCAUCAUGAGAAAGCGGCGUUAGCUGGAGAUGGGUCUUUUGCUUUGAAUAAGCAAGAGGUUUUUGAUAAUGGGAAGUUGACAGAAUUUCAAUCCGAAGAGGUCAAGCUUGGGAAUGUUGUUACAGAAGUGUCGUUUGCUCCAAACGGAGACUUACCAGCAAACGGAGACAUACCGGCAAAGAGCAAUGGGAUGUUUGCGCCAACCGGAGACACGGCAAAGAGCGAUGGGAUGUUUGCUCCAACCAGAGACAUACCGGCAAAGAGCGAUGGGAUGUUUGUGCCAAAUGGAGACGACAUACCGGCAAAGAGUGAUGAGAUGAACAAACAUUUUAAUGGAGAUAUGGUCUCUAGCAACUGAUUAUAUUGAGAGUUUUUGUUUUUUUCUUACAGAAGAGAGGUUUGAGACUUCUAAGUAUAUUAUUAUCAAUUAAAGAUUUAUUUAUAAUGGAAGAAAGAUCCAGUCAGUAGCAGACAUUCAUUAGGAUUGUUAGGGCAUUAGGUUACAUCUUAAGAACAUAGAAUAGGCUAAUAUAGGUUAUGAUAUGAACCAAAGCAAGUUGAUAAUUUAUAACUGAUAACGGUAUUUGAGACCAUUUAUUUACUUAUGGUAUUGCAUUAUUAUAUUAA